AAGCGGCCAUGUUCCCUUGCGCUUGUUCCGGUAUCUCGAUCGUGCGCAUAGGCUGGGGCUGACACACGGGCGCUGCUUGUCGCCCGUUUGUUGACGCGCACUCUUCGUGGAGGUGGAGAGAAUGCAAAACUCUGCGUUACCUAUAAUGGAUUUUACAACUUGAGCAUUUCUCCGGACGCUCUAUCACGGAAAUAAACAGCCUAUAGACCGGACAGCUUGACUUGAGACGGUGCAGCAUUUUAAACGAGCUUCACGAAUCACGCAAUCGUGAAGACGGGAGGUGAUUUCCGAGGAUUUUGAGUUGUGUGCAGUGGAUUGUUCAAUUGCUUGUGCUUUGCCGCGGUAGCGAUUACAGUAGCUAGCUGACUCAAACUCGGAUGCACGACUCUAGCUACAUGGUUCAUUGGUACAAAGUAGGCUACAGGAUUUGUAUUUGUAUCAAGAGCUAUAUCUAGCACAUUGGGUACUAGUUGUUUAUAUAGUCAGGGUGAUCGUUUGGUUAACUGGGACUUUAAAAAUAACGCUCUUUUUAUUAGCACUUGAUGAAUAACGUUCGUUAGCUGAAACGCUAAGAUUUGACAACGUCAACGAAGCAAAGGUCGGGGUCGAACGAGGGGCUAACGCUAGCUAUUUGGCCUUAAGUUUUAGUCCUCGGAUUUGAUUUCAGUACUUUGAUUUUCAUAUUGUACCCGAUAGGGAGAUUACUACGGUGCUGUAGUGUAUAUGUAUUCAAUGACAACUAACGCUGGUUAGUUAAUUAGCUAACGUUAGACUGGCCAUUGAUAGUCACUCGAAUGUCUGGUUCCUCAAAUCUAACCAAUGGCCAACGUUAGUGUACUAGUGGGACUUAACCGUAGUCUAAACAUAGUUAUUUAUUAACUGUAGCUACAGUAGCUAGUGAGCUAAAAUACCCGUCUAACAGUUAGCUGAUUGUGGCUAACUAACCAUCUAAAACAUACGAUACAGUAGAGUAUUUAACCAACAUUUGAUAACGAUCUUAUUAGCUAGAAACCUAGUAUAGCGUUAGUACAGUAAGUUCAAAAGGCUUUGUGUUUAAGGCCCUUUCAUUUUUCUGUGUUGACAUGGGGCGCGUACUUGUAAGUUAGCUGGUUGGCUAGCCAGCUAACCAACUUACUGUACCGGCUAAUGAAGGAAUCAACUUGUUGAUCACGCAGACUGUGGCAAACGGAUAACUAGCUCUGGCUAGCGACGGAACAUUUUCCAACGGAAUCAGUUUGCUUUCCCACUGCUACCUACAUAGCUAAAUGAACACAACCUCCUGAAAGGAUUUGCAUCUGUCUUCCCCCGACCCCAAUUUUACGAAAUUUCCUAAAAUGACGACAAGGACUCCAAUGCUGACAGUCAUUGAAAAUUCCACUGGUGGCGGCCAGGAUGCCAAGAUGGGGGGCCGUCCAAGUUUGCCACGGUGUCGGAACUCAGUGGCCACGACGGCGGAUGAGACCCCUCACAUCGGUAACUACCGAUUAUUAAAGACCAUCGGAAAGGGCAACUUCGCCAAGGUCAAGCUGGCCCGCCACGUCCUCACUGGGAAAGAGGUAGCAGUGAAGAUUAUUGAUAAGACACAACUCAACUCUUCCAGUCUUCAGAAGCUCUUCCGGGAAGUGAGAAUCAUGAAGCUGUUGAAUCAUCCUAACAUAGUGAAGUUGUUUGAGGUGAUAGAGACGGAGAAGACAUUGUAUUUGGUCAUGGAGUAUGCCAGUGGAGGGGAGGUGUUUGAUUACCUGGUUGCUCACGGGAGGAUGAAAGAAAAGGAGGCACGUGCCAAAUUCCGACAGAUUGUGUCAGCUGUCCAGUACUGUCACCAGAAGUGUAUAGUCCACCGAGAUCUAAAGGCUGAGAAUCUUCUCCUAGAUGCUGACAUGAACAUCAAGAUAGCCGACUUUGGCUUCAGCAAUGAGUUUGUCAUGGGCAGUAAGCUGGACACAUUCUGUGGCUCGCCUCCCUAUGCCGCUCCAGAGCUGUUCCAGGGGAAGAAGUACGAUGGGCCCGAGGUGGAUGUAUGGAGUCUAGGGGUAAUUCUUUACACCCUGGUGUCGGGGUCGUUGCCCUUUGAUGGCCAGAACCUCAAGGAAUUACGAGAGCGGGUGUUGAGGGGAAAAUAUCGUAUUCCAUUCUACAUGUCUACAGACUGUGAGAACCUUCUGAAGAAGUUCCUGAUUCUCAAUCCUACCAAGAGAGGCAGCUUGGAGCAGCAGAUAAUGAAAGAUAGAUGGAUGAAUGUGGGACAUGAAGAGGAGGAGUUGAAACCUUAUAUAGAACCAAUGCCUGACUACAAGGACCCUAAGAGGACAGAGAUCAUGAUUCAGAUGGGUUACUCCAUGGAGGAGGUGCAGGAUUCGCUGGUCAACCAGAAAUACAACGAAGUCAUGGCCACAUACCUACUACUGGACUACACAAACCAUGAGCUGGAUGAAGGUAUCAUUAAGCCUCGUCCGGGAAGUGACCUCACCAACAGCAACGCUCCCUCACCGCCGAACAAGGUACAACGCAGCGUAUCUUCCAACCAGAAACCUCGCAGAGCCACUGACCAGGGCUCCUCCGCCAGGGGGCGUGGGCAGGGGGAUAACAAAGAGGAUUCUGGGAGGAAAGGAUCAGGUGGCUCGGCUAAAGUUCCGGCCAGUCCCUUGGGCUCCGACCGCAAGAAGAGUGCCACCCCCUCUACCAAUAGCAUCUUGUCCACUGGUACGGGUCGCAGCAGGACCUCUCCUCUCACUGAAAGAGCUACCCAGGGGAUACAGAACGGCAAGGACAGUCUGAACACACCCGGGUCCCGGGCCUCCACCGCAUCUGCUGCUGCCGUCCUCUCUUCCUCAACCUCCUCUUCCUCACGUCCCCGCCACCACAAGUCACUGUCCACCUCCAACCACCCCUGUCCAUCCCAGGCUCCUGGCCCUGACUUCCACGCACCACCCAGCCAGCCACAGCACCGGCCCAGUGCUCCCUCCCAAAGACCACCUGGCGCGUCCCCCUCGGCCCACAACAUCAGCAGCGCCACUGUGACUGACCGUACCAACUUUUCCCGAGGGGUGGCCAUCCGCAGCACUUUCCAUGCAGGGCAGCAAAGAGGCGCCAGGGACCAGCAGGGAUCUCCCUACAGUGGAACACCCGCCUCCCCUUCCCUCAGCCACGGAAACAGCCAGGCCCGGAGACCCGGGGCCACAGGCAUCUUCUCCAAGUUCACCUCCAAAUUCGUACGCAGAAAUCUCUCUUUCAUAUUACCAAGAAGGAGUCCAUAUGAGGGAGAGGGUCAGGAUGAGGGGAGCAGGUCGAUGCUGAGCAGCACGGUUGACAAAUCAGAGAAGAGUGGUGUCCUAGGAUCCUCCCACAGCGGCGGGGGAGAUGAAAACAAAGACAACUCCUCCCCUGUUUCUGGUACUGGGACCCCGUGCCCCAAGGACCUAUCAACCAAACCGCGUUCCCUAAGGUUCACCUGGUCAAUGAAAACCACAUCCUCCAUGGAACCUGGCGAGAUGAUGAGAGAGAUCCGGAAGGUUCUGGAUUCAAACAGCUGUGAGUACGAGCUGCGGGAGCGGUACAUGUUGCUUUGUGUCUCGGGGAACCCUGCCCGCGACGACUUCGUCCAGUGGGAGAUGGAAGUGUGCAAGCUGCCCCGCCUCUCGCUGAAUGGCGUGCGAUUCAAGCGAAUCUCUGGGACAUCAAUCGCAUUCAAAAACAUAGCGUCGAAGAUCGCCAACGAGCUCAAACUGUGAGACGGAUAGAAGGAAAUUGUAAGGUGGUGAGAUGAGGGGUUUUACAUACUGUACAGGUGAGAUGUAGUGAGAGGAAGGAAUUGUUAUUUGAGGAGUCACAAGAAGAAGACUAAUUGUGUUUUGUGGUUGGGGGAGAGGGAGUUUGGGACCAGUUGAUGGUUGGGGGGGUUCUAUCUGGUCUGUUUUUUUUCUCUGUUGAGGUUUGUGUUUUAGAGCCUACAGAACGUUCUAUAGCUGAGGUUUCUCUGUUUUGGGGUCUCUUCUAUAUCCACUGCAUGUUGGUUCUGCUGUUCUGCUCACUUGUUCUUUUCACUCCACACUCCCUCCAACGCAUACACACACAAAAACUCAAACAGAUAGACUGGUAGAGAGGGGGAGAGCAGAUGCCUACACAUGAAUAGACCCUGGUACUGGCUCCAAGGCUUUUCCCUUGUCAUUCUACUACAGUAGGUUCGUGACUGGGUUGUAGACAAAGGUCCUCUCAGAAUUCUGUGAAGCAAUGACUGGAUUGUGGAACUGAAAUAACUCAACACUGGAACUAAACAGCUGUUCUCGGAUUUGUUUUUGUCUGUCUCAAACGCACUCCUUGAUACCUGAACUACGUAUCACACACAACACUCUUUGUGCAGCACAGAGCCAGACCUUGCUGUGUGAUUUUCUGCGUGUUUGAUGUGAGAGGAGACUGUCAACACACCAGACUGUUUUAACACAAAAUCCCACACCAAGACAGCCCAACCGUUAAUUACUGCUGUCUGUUUUAACGCACGCUUACAUGCACAUUCACUAGGCCUCUCCCUUAACACCCCUCACUAUCACUCCACUGCUUUUAAGUGUUUUUUUUCUCAUCAGGGUAAAAUAAUCUCUAUAUCUUUGAGUCCCAGGCUAAUGGACUUGAUCAGUAAAUGGAGGACUGAACUUCUCAUUUGACUUUUUAUUUUCUUCAUUCUGGUUUACAGUUGUACACUGGAGAAAAGGGGAGGGGUCAGUUUUUAAUUUGUUGCCUUCAAAGAAAAAGGAAACAUUUUGUUAUUAUUGUUGUUUGAUCACCAUUAAAAUUGUACAUUCUAAUGUUGACAUUGAGAAAUGAACGUGAUUUUUUUUUUUUUUUUACAUUCAUUGAGGUUGUAUCACUUCUGUACAGAGAAUUUCAACCUGAUAGAGAAAAGAUUUGCCAUCUUUAUAGGCUCCAAUCUCUCUUUUCUACUCCCCUCUCCCUCCCUUUAUGACAUGUGUCCCCAAAGAGCGAGAAGUACAAAUGUUCUAUCUUAUUAUCUACAAGUAUUUAAUUAUUAAAUUGUAUGUACUGUAUGUAUGUAUUCAGAUCACUGGACAAAUGAAUUAUGGAUGACUUCUCUUGUUAAUUAUUUUAAUUUGUUUUUAACUUUAGUUUAAAGAAUGUCUUGGUGGUUGGAAUACUCGUAUCAUGUUGGCCUCUCAGCCUUUCCUAAGUGGGUGUGAUAUAUAAACGGUUUUACUUUACACGUGUGGACCAGAAUUCCUAGGUAAGAUAGUAAAACCUGACAAUUCUGUCAUAUAUGUUUUUUGUAGACAGUACCCACAAGGAAGAAGGCAAUUUCAAGGUUAGAUUUAUAGUUCAUUGUUUAAUUGUGGUUAGUGUUAGAUAUAAUGUUAGAGGUUAGGGAAAAUUGUGAAUAUUUUUGUCUGGUUCCCACAAGAAUUGAAAAACAAGCAUGCAGAUGUGGUCACAUGAUGACAAAUAAAACAACUGCUGUUUCAUUUUGGGGUUUAUUUUCUGUAGGAGGGAUUGUGAGGAGCAGUUAUGCAUUAUUAUAAUUAUUGUGAACGUGUAACCAUGUCCACAGCCUUACGAUAACCAGUCCCCCAUGGGCAUGAAGGAGAGUGAGGGAGAUCGAGAGUAAGAGAGAUGGGGAGAGCAAGUGACAGAGAUUGGGGUUUCCAAUGUAUUCCAUGAAUGGCUGCUGCCUUUUGUAGGAUGAAGCCAAAUGUUUAUGUGUGUGUGACUGCCUUAUGUUAGUGUCUGUGUGCCUUAUAUAGUCUAAGUUUGUGUAUAUGUGUGUGAGUGUGAAUAGUUUGUUCUAUAGUCAUGAUCUGAGGCAUUGAUUCUUUCUCCCUAGUAGGAACUCUUAUUUUGCGCUCACUCUCGCUCUCUUUUUUUGCUCUUUCACCUUUCAGUUGAGAGGAGGGGUGAGGUAGGGGGAGGUGGGAAGGAGUACUCCAGCCAAAUUAUAUAUAUCUACCUGUCUGGGGGGGGUGGGGGGGGGGGGUGUAUCCAACUCUCUUAACAGGUAUGCCUGAGCACAACACACAUGUAUAUUUUUUUAAGGCAACAAUUGAUUAUAUUCUGUUGUUCUUUCUUUUUAGUUAAACAUAAUUCUAUUUUUCUUUUAAAUGAUCGUUUUAAGGUGCUGGGGAAUAAAAUUCUUACUGUUGCUGUUGUUACUAUAUUUCAGGGUUGAUUUUAUUUUCAUUAACAUUUUUGAUGUAAUUUCUGAUUUCUGUGUUGACUUUAACCAGUAGUUGUUUAGGAGGGAGGUUGGAGUUCACUCCAAAUGUAUUGUUUAUUUUGUGCAAAGAAAAUGAAAUUCAAUGAUAGUAAUAAAACAAAACAAUUAUUACA